AGUGAAACUACCCAUCUAGGCAAGUGCAAAAAACCUUUCAAAAGGCUUUUCUGGAUUUGGAAAGGGAAGGGAGAGUGAGGGAGAAGAGAUGAGAGGCUACUCCAGAGCGGCAUAAAGAAUUUCCAGCCUUGGACGGACAGUUGGGAACGACUUCCAGGGGCUGGCGUUUACAGGCGAGGCGGGAAGCCCCUCAGGCCUUGGAUUUUGGCGGGUGAAGGGGCCAGGUUGCUGCCGGAGGUGGGGCGCGUUUCAGUGGCUCUCUUUCAAAAAGCCCAGCAAGAUGCCAGACCUGCUCUCAGUCUUUCUCCACCUCCUCCUUCUAUUUAAGCUGGUUGCCCCGGUGACCUUCCGCCACCACCGCUAUGAUGAUCUUGUGCGGACACUGUACAAGGUGCAAAACGAAUGCCCCAGCGUCACGCGGGUCUACAGCAUUGGGCGCAGCGUGGAGGGGAGACACCUAUACGUGCUGGAGUUCAGCGACCACCCUGGAAUCCACGAGCCCUUGGAGCCGGAGGUCAAGUAUGUGGCAAACAUGCACGGCAACGAAGCGCUGGGCCGCGAGCUGAUGCUGCAGCUGUCGGAGUUCCUGUGCGAGGAGUUCCGGAACAGGAACCAGCGCGUCGUCCGGCUCAUCCAGGACACGCGCAUUCACAUCCUGCCAUCCAUGAACCCCGACGGCUAUGAGGUGGCUGCCGCUCAGGGCCCAAACAAGCUUGGGUAUCUAGUUGGCAGGAACAAUGCAAACGGAGUGGAUCUGAACCGCAACUUCCCUGAUCUCAACACUUACAUCUACUACAAUGAAAAGUCCGGAGGCCCCAACCACCACCUGCCCCUUCCAGACAACUGGAAAAGUCAGGUGGAACCCGAGACCCGGGCGGUGAUCCGGUGGAUGCACUCCUUCAACUUUGUGCUUUCAGCCAAUCUCCACGGAGGGGCGGUGGUGGCCAAUUACCCAUACGACAGGUCCUUCCAGCACCCGGUCCGAGGGGUCCGCCGCCCCGCCAACACCCCCACGCCCGACGACAAGCUUUUCCAGAAGCUGGCCAAGGUCUACUCCUAUGCACACGGAUGGAUGUACCAAGGUUGGAACUGUGGGGAUUACUUCCCAGAUGGCAUCAUCAAUGGGGCUUCCUGGUAUUCUCUCAGCAAGGGAAUGCAAGACUUUAAUUAUCUCCAUACCAACUGCUUUGAUAUCACGCUGGAACUGAGUUGCAACAAGUUUCCCCCCCAAGAAGAGUUACAACGGGAGUGGCUGGGUAAUCGGGAAGCCCUAAUCCAGUUCCUGGAAGAGGUUCACCAGGGCAUCAAGGGAAUGGUGCUUGACGAGAAUCAUAAUAAUCUUGCUAAUGCUGUCAUUUCUGUCAGUGGGAUUAACCAUGAUGUCACUUCAGGUGACCAUGGUGAUUACUUCCGGCUGCUGCUUCCAGGUACCUACACUGUCACUGCCAAAGCACCUGGGUUUGACCCACAGACAGAGACUGUGACCGUGGGUCCUGCAGAACCAACAUUGGUUAACUUCUACCUCAAAAGAAGCAUCCCUCAAGUGAGCUCUGUGGGGAGAGCUCCCAGCAGAAGGCAUGGAGCUGGAGCCAAAGUGCAGCCCCAGGCAGCCAGAAAGAAAGAAAUGGAGAUGAGGCAGCUCCGGAGAGGCCCUGCCUGAAACCCAGAGUGCCGGGAAACCCUUCAGAAAGGCUUUGCUCCUGCUCUUAGGUCACAUGAAGCAUUCUUCCUAUUUUAUUAUCUGGGACAUAUUUAAAUACAAACAUAUUCAGAGCAAU